AUGCGCUUAACAACAAGUUUGGAUGUUGCCAGAUUGCUUCUUGGAUUAGGAUUGGCUUUGCAUGGAAACGACGAACCUGCAAUAUUGUCAAUACGGAGGGGUAAUUUUCUUGAAAUACUCACCUUGUAUAGCUUGCGUAAUGUUGAUGUUAGAAAUGUUAUAAAGAAAAAUGCACCUGCUAAUCUUCAACUUACAUCUCUUGAUAUUCAAAAACAAAUUAUUAGUGCUUGUGCAUCUGAGACAACGAAAGAUAUCAUUUCUGAUAUUGGAGACAAGUACUUUGCUUUAUUACUUGACGAGGCACGUGAUAACUCGAUUAAAGAGCAAAUGGCUGUUGUUAUAAGAUACGCAAAUAAUCGUGGAGAAGUUUUAGACCGAUUUGUUGGAGUUGUUCAUGUCAAAGAUACUACUGCAGUUUCUUUAAAAAGUUCCAUUGAUGAUUUCUUUUCUAAACAUGGAUUGUCAAUGUCAAAAGUUAGGGGUCAAGGGUACGACGGAGAUUCAAACAUGAGGGGAGAGCUUAAUGGACUAAAGACUUUGAUUUUGAAUGAGGAUCCAUAUGCUAGGUAUGUGCAUUGCUUUGCCCAUCAACUCCAAUUAGUUGUUGUAGCUGCAGUAGAAGGAAAUCAAUUUGUGAGUGACUUUAUUGAUUACAUGUCUUUUGUUACUAAUGUAGUUAGUGCUUCUUGUAAAAGAAAAGAUGAACUUCGACAAAAACAACAUGAAGUUAUGGUUAAGCAGCUAGAGACCGGACAUGUUACUACUAGUAGAGGGUUGAAUCAGGAGACUAGUUUAACUCGGCCAGGUGAUACUCGCUGGGGAUCACACUAUAAAACCAUAAUUCGUCUUCUCUCUAUGUGGUCUUCAGUUACUAAAGUUCUUACAUAUAUAUAUAAAGAUGGGAGUGAGAGGAAGAGUAGAGGAAAGGUAGUUGGCCUGCUUGAUACAAUGGAAAAAUAUGAGUUCGUUUUUAUUGCACAUUUGAUGAAAGUGAGUAUUGGGCAUAACAAAUGGUUUAUCACGGUUCUUGCAACAAAAAGAUCAGAAUAUUAUUGGAGCUAUGAAUUUGGUUGCAUUUGUUAA